ACGAAGCGAAGGGCGGAGGGGAGGGGCAGGCGGCGCCCAGGAGGCAGGCACCGGGCCGCGGGCCAAGACGACCGGGGUCACAAUUUGGGUUUGCAGCGAAAAUGCUUUCAGAACAGACAGUAGCCCUGGGGACAGGAUGGGAGUCAAUGAAUGUCCAGCUGGAUGGAGCAGAGCCCCAGGUGGAAAGGGGAAGCCAAGGAGAGGGGCCAUGGAGAACGGCACCAGGGCCACUGGAACACCUGUGCUGUGACCUUGAAGAAGAGCCACAGUCCCUUCAGGAAAAGGCUCAGUCGGCUCCCUGGGUCCCUGCCAUUCCCCAGGAGGGAAGCACCGGAGAUUGGGAGAUGGCAGCAGCACUUCUUGCAGCCGGAUCACAGGGCCUGGUAACCAUCAAGGAUGUGUCAUUGUGCUUCUCUCAGGAGGAAUGGCGGAGCUUGGACCCUUCUCAGACAGACUUUUAUGGAGAAUAUGUCAUGCAGGAAAACUGUGGGAUCGUGGUCUCUCUAAGAUUUCCAAUUCCUAAGCUGGACAUGCUUUCUCCACUAGAAGGAGGGGAAGAACAAUGGGUCCCUGACACGCAGGACUUAGAGGAGAGGGACAUCCUGAGGGUAACAUAUACAGGAGAUGGAAGUGAGCAGGAAGGGGAUACCCCGGAACUAGAAGCAGAACCUCCCAGAAUGUUAUCUAGUGUGUCUGAAGAUACUGUUCUCUGGAACCCAGAGCAGGAGGAGAGCUGGGAUUCCAUGUCCAGAAGCUCCAGAGGAAUGCUCCUGGGGCCACCUUUUCUUCAGGAAGAUAGCUUCUCAAGUCUCCUGUGUAACACAGAGAUGGAUUCCCUGUUAAGACCGCACACAUGCCCCCAGUGUGGGAAACAGUUUGUGUGGGGCUCCCACCUUGCCAGGCACCAGCAAACUCACACAGGGGAGAGGCCCUAUAGCUGCCUCAAGUGUGAGAAGAGCUUUGGGCGAAGACAUCACUUGAUUCGGCACCAGAAAACCCACCUACAUGACAAGCCCAGCAGGUGCUCUGAGUGUGGAAAGAAUUUCCGAUGCAACUCCCACCUGGCCAGCCACCAGAGAGUGCAUGCUGAAGGCAAAUCCUGCAAAGGCCAAGAAGUCGGAGAGAGCCCUGGGGCUAGGAAACGGCAGCGCACUCCACCGGUGCCCAAGUGCCACGUGUGCACUGAGUGUGGGAAGAGCUUUGGCCGACGGCACCAUCUGGUGAGACACUGGCUGACCCAUACUGGGGAGAAGCCCUUCCAGUGCCCUCGCUGUGAGAAGAGCUUUGGCCGUAAACAUCACUUGGACAGGCACCUGCUGACCCACCAGGGACAAAGUCCCCGGAGCAGCUGGGACAGAGGGACAUCUGUCUUUUGAAUUCUGUUUCUGCUGUAGCUGUGGUCAUAUCUAUCAGCUGGUGCUACCAGGAGCCUCUGCCAGAGCUGCCCCUCUCCUGCCCCCAAUGGCCAGGAUCAUGAGCCCUGGCUUUAUCCCAGAAAGAUGAAGUUUCUGCAUUGGCCAGAGCACUUUUCACCAGUUCUGUGAGAUACUACAUAAAAUGGAGUUUUUGGGAAAAACUUUUGGGAAACAAUGCUUACUACAUGGGCUGACAUUCAGCCUGAGCCCAUUCUCAAGGGUACAGCCGUACCAGUGGUUUAUGGCUGAGGUCCAUUUUGAUUGAUUGGAGCCUGUGCCAUACCAGUUAUUAAAUAUUUUGAGUAUCGCUACUGUGUACUAUAACUUAUAUUCUCUUUAUAUAUAUAUAUAUAUAUAUAUGGAGAGAGAGAGAAAGACCAUGUUGGCAUAUUAAAGGCUCUGAAAGUUUAUGCAAUAGAUUAUAUUGUUAAGCCUCUUAAUGCAGUGUUUCCUAAAUGUAUUUAACCUCAGUAUUCUUUCUAUCUCACAUCUCACAGAACUGGUGACUCCAUGAAACACUCUGGUGAACACUGGGUUAGAAUAAUGAGGAAACAGGAAAGAGCCCCCCUUUUUUAUCCAAUUGAAAGCUGAGGGGAAGAUCUCAUUCCUUUGUGGGUCCAUCACCUUUACCCCUGUCAUCUGAAUAUACAUCCACACCUCUCACCCCCACCUGCCGAAAAAUAGAAACAAUAACCUUUUCAUCCCUUACUCCUACUCCCUUUAUCCUGCACAUACAUAUAUCCAGCUGAGAUCAUACUACCAUGCUAAGAGAUGGACCUUAUACUUCCAAGUAAUCCAGACUCAUACAGAAGAAAAAACUUUAUCCCCUUGGAUAGUCCCCUCUUCUCUUGACUGUGUCUUUAUGUGUCUGUGUGUAUCUGUGUGCAGGGUCUUUGAAGAGAGCAUGCAAAGUGCAAACUGUAAAAGUUAGAUUUUCUACAGGCUGUGUUCUGGUGAUGAGGGUAGUGAGAAUUGUAUGAGUUUUUGUUUUGUUUCAAGAUAGGAAGUAAGUUGAGUGAUUAAGGGAUCCCUAGUGGGAAGGGUUAAGGGUAGUAUUGUGGGAGUUGAGGUAUAACGCCUUCUUGAAUGUCACUGAGAUCAAGACAACUGGAUAUAUAUGUCUAGGUCUGAAUCUCUGGGCCACAGAUUCUUUUUGCUUGGAUGGAGAGAGAAAGAAACAUCCUCAGUGAGGUGAGCAUUUUCUUGUUGAUUUCAAGCAAGAUACAUAAAGAAGUUUUGUGCUGAGUGGGUUUUUUUUUUUUUUUGUCUUAAGUGCUGGGAAAUUAGGGCAGGAAUCACAGUGCUUAUAGGUUGUGGUCAUUACUCUUGUUUGACCUUGAUUGCCUCAUCAAGGGGGCAGAGUUAUUCUUGAGGAUUUUUUUCUCCCUGAAACAGAACUUUAGGGGAAAUGGCUGUGAUUUAGCUUUUCAGCUGAGGCAGGGUAAUGAGCUUUCCAUUUGGUUUUCCUCACAAUUCUGGGAAGGUGUCCAUGCUAAGAUUCUUAACUCCAGGACUUGCAUAAGUAUUCUAGCGUCUGUUAAUUGAUGAGUUGGUCAUUGUUUCUCUUUAUUGAUGAUGUGUUAAUACCAAUCUUAUAAUUUAAAAAUUAUCUUGUAUGUAAGAGCAGUUUGGGGUUAGAGAGAGAGGGGAGCAAAGAGCAUGAAAGUGGAUAUUUUCUCUUUAAUGCUUAGAUUCCGUUUUUUGUUUUUUUUUUUCUUAACACACUUAUUGUUCAACCACGCUUGGUGGAAUUAACCAGAGAGGUAAGAAAGAAGUGAGCUGCAAUGGUCUAGUUUAAUGACUGUCCUAUUUGCUUAGGAAAAAUGGGGUGAAUCACAGUUCCUCAGAGCCCUGGAUGCAUAUGGGGCUGAAAAUAGGGUCAUUUUGUUGAAAGGAUUUCUUAGAGUGGAUUUGACUUGAUCAAUCCAGUCCCUGCCUUCUGCUGCUCAGAACAGCCUGCCUUCUUUGCCUAGAAUGCCCUUCUCUUAUUUAUGUUCAUAUGAAUAGAGCAGAUUGGCCAGCCCUUUAUAAGGCAGCCUUGUCCUAGAUCCUCAGAGACAGGAGUGUUUUAGGAUCAGUAAUAGGAGAUGCUCCAAGUAAUAGGAAAGUAUUGCAUGUAAAACUGGACUAUGCCAUUUCUUUUACCCUCCCACUAUGCCUUAUUCAGUCAUGCAAAUCAGCUCUAUUAAGCAAUGGUUUAGAACUUCUUUUGGAUCACAGACUCUUUUGAGAAUCUUAAAAACCAGGAACUCAUUUUUGAAAAAAUAUACAUUAGCAGUUCACUCAGUUUUCCAUACACAUUUAGCAGGUUCAGAACCUAUCCAUGGAAUCACUUAAACUGGGGUCAAAGAAAGGGUAUGAUCAUUAUAUAUUUGUCUCAAAAAUGACAAGGCAAGGGUCAUUAAAUACUUUAAGGAAUAAGAUACCAGAGGCAGUAGGACAUAAGGAUAGAGUAUGGUCCAAAAUGACUAGAAGGGUAUUACUUACAAUCUACUCUUUUUUUUAAAGAUGUGGUACGCUAACAAAUCCAGCUCCUCACCCACCUUGUUUUAAAGACUUAUAGGAGGUGACUCGCCAUACUGUCAGAUCACACCUCUUAAUAACCAGAUGCUAACCUCCAGUCUUUGAUCUGUUUUAUUAAUUGUAAGGAUAGAAAGCGAAGCCCCUAAAGUGCAGGUGCAGUCGUAGCACCCAAGUGUAUGCCAUGGAGUCUAUGGCCUCCUGCCGAAGGGCAUCCCUUUAGGUCAUUUCUGGUAUACCACUGUCUUCUCUACCUCGUCCAAUAACACUCCCCUUGGGCAGAAAAUAAAAUAAGCAACAGCCAUCAGAUGGGUGGGUAGAUUUGAAUGAUUUUUUUUUACAGGGAAUCAGCCUCAAACUCCCAUCUCUCUCCCAACUCUCUCUGCCACAUGUCUACCCUAACAGUUUUAAAUAAAAAAUGUCUCUGUGUUUUCUCUGGGCAAAAUGUAAAAUAGAGAAGUCCCACAUAAGGAACCUGUCACCUUUUCCCUCUGUGGUGCCUCUACUCUAUUCAGGACCCAAUAAUCUUCCCCUUUUCAUCCCAUCAAAGUAUCUCUGUAGCCCUGGCCAGGUUUGACUCAGUAGUUAGAAGUAGACCC